AUGAUUACCGGUGGCAGAUUCACAGAUAGCACCCUCUCGCCACGCAUCACUUCCUCGAAUACUAUGUUUGUCUCUCCACCACUUUUACCUUCCUAUUCGACACAACCAACUCAACCACCCUACUAUUCGGCGUCCACACUACCCACCCAGUUCCGAAGAAUUUACGCUAGGUCUUUCUUCCUUAACCAAACUGUGAACGCAGUCUCCGCACCCAAAGAGACUUUAGAUACAACAAGAAUCAUGCUCUAUUCCUUAUUCUUCAUCAUGUCUUGCUGCGCACUCUUCUCCCUCACCUACUUCCUCAACUACGUUUGCAAACUUCACGUUACCAAGCUGCAAAAGCGAUAUAGUUACGAAUCAUAUGGGGAGUUUGAAGGAUUGAUAACGCGAAGAAUUUUCUUUCGUUAUCGUACGUUUGAUGAGACUUCUCCGUAUGAUGAUGAGGAGAAUGGACGAUGCCCUGUUCCUUCAUCCAGGAGCACCGAGAAUUGGAAAUAUACCAAUCCUAUCAAUGAUACCAAGGCUACCAAAGCUAUCAAUGCGAUCAAGGCUACCAAAGUUUCCAAAGCUAUCAAACCCACCAAACCCGUCAAAGCUACUAAACUUACCGAAACGACCGAUAUCCAUCCCAGCGAACCCGAAUGGGAAAGCGCCCAGCCCUCCCACCUAACCACACCUAGCCGUCGCAAAGUAGAAUGGGCCAACCUGCCCCGACCCAUCCGCCGUCCACCCACCUCGAAACAACAAGCAGGUCUACAAUUCGCAGCGUCUCCUACUCGUCCCUCUCGUCCCCCUCGUCUUAAUCCCCCCAAGAGAUUACGCAUGGCAAUUCCAGGCCAAGAAUCUUCCUCGUGGAUUGUUGGUCUACCUUGGGCAACGGCAGCAGAUGGUCCGCAUAUUGGUGAUGAGGGUAAGAAGGAUAGGGAGAUGAAUCCGGAUGAUGAGAAUUGGGGAGAUAUUGAUAGAAUUAUGAGUGACGAGCGAGAUCAAUAUGCUGGUGAUAAGAAGAUUCUAGAUGAGGCGAGGAGAAAGGAUAGGGAAGUGAAAAGAGAGAGUGGAUUCAUUCCAUCGCGAGAGGAAUGCAAUAAUUGUUCGACUAGUUCGGAAAGCUUUUGGGCUUAUUAG